CUCCGUGAAGCUUAUGAGAAUCGCUCGAUGAGUUUCGAAGAAGCUGAGAAAAAACUGGAGGACUUGAAACUGAAAAUGAACGCCUACGUGCUGGAAAAAGAGGCAAAUAAGCGUAAUGCUUUGAAUAAAUGGCGCCGCUUACCAGUUACCCGCAUUCGCUUACACAGAAUUGAGCAGCGGCUGCUGGAUGCUGAGUCUUUCGGAGGAAAUCUAAAAGCACUCGGGCAUAUCGAUGCAAUCAGAAAUAUGGCUAAUGAGGCUUCCACAAAUCUUCGUGAAGUCUACGAUUAUUAUUAUUUCAUGGACAACAAUCUGCAAGAAGUCAACGACAUGCUCAAAGACAUUGAGGAUAAGCUCGCUAGUAAGGCUGUCAAGGAAGGAAAAACUCGUCGCCCCAAGUGCCUUUGGUUCCUUUGUUUUUAG